AUGGGUGCUCAAUACUCCUCUCUCUACUUCUUCUUCUCGUUGGAUAUAGGCCACGAGUUUGCCGAGAAUCGCUACCUGACAGAACGCCGGCGCCAAGCCCUGGCUGCAGAACUAGGGCUAGCAGAAGCACAAAUCAAAAUUUGGUUCCAGAACAAACGCGCGAAAAUCAAAAAAGCAUCGGGACAGCGGAACCCACUCGCGUUACAGCUCAUGGCCCAAGGGUUGUAUAACCACAGUACAGUACCGCUUACGAAAGAAGAAGAAGAGUUAGAGAUGAAGGCAAGAGAAAGAGAACAGCAGUUGAAUAGAGUUUAG